AUGCCUCCGUCGGUCGAGUGUUCCAGAAGGAACUCGGAAGAAUACAUCAGCGAUGAUUUCAAACUCGAUUCUUCCGCUCUGAAUAGACAACCUGAGGAGGUGUUUGACAUUGUCGGAAAGUUAGGAGAAGGUUCCUAUGGUAGUGUACAUAAAGCGAUACAUAAAGAGACUAACCACAUUCUUGCCAUUAAAAAAGUUCCAGUAGAUACAGAUUUACAGGAGAUAAUCAAAGAAAUUAGUAUAAUGCAACAAUGCAAAAGUAAAUAUGUUGUCAAAUACUAUGGAUCCUACUUUAAGAAUUCGGAUUUAUGGAUUGUCAUGGAAUAUUGCGGCGCAGGAUCGGUUUCGGAUAUAAUGCGAGCCAGGCGUAAACCUUUAUCUGAGCAGGAAAUCAGCGCGGUUUUACGUGAUACCAUCAAGGGUUUGCAAUAUUUGCACGAUCUGAAGAAAAUUCAUCGCGAUAUUAAGGCUGGAAACAUUCUUCUGAAUACCGAUGGAUGCGCCAAACUUGCAGAUUUUGGAGUUGCUGGUCAACUUACCGACACAAUGGCAAAACGUAAUACGGUGAUUGGAACGCCGUUCUGGAUGGCGCCGGAAGUCAUCGAGGAAAUCGGUUACGACACUAAAGCUGACAUCUGGUCGUUAGGAAUUACGGCUAUUGAGAUGGCUGAAGGAAGACCGCCUUACUCUGAUAUUCAUCCGAUGAGGGCGAUCUUUAUGAUUCCAACAAAACCUCCGCCAACGUUUAAAAAAGCAGACGAAUGGAGUACAGAGUUUAAUGAUUUCAUUAAGUGCUGCCUCGUGAAAAAGCCAGAUGAACGAAAAACGGCAUCUAAACUUUGUGAACAUCCCUUCAUUUUGAACGCAUCACCGUCAGAAUUGCUACAAGAAAUGAUUCGAGAUGCUCAAGAAAAGGCAGCAAAUCUUCAAUCGACGUGUUUAAACACGAGUGAUGCUACGAUGGUUCACGAAAAAAUGGAAACAAUGGUUGAUGGCAAUGAUGAAACACUUGUCCGACAUGAAAAUUUCAUGACAGCUCAAAGUCUGAGAAUGCAAAUGGAAAGUUUAAAAAUUGGCGGCGAAAUUCCAAUGUCUGCAUACAGCUCUUCCAAAAAUCAAACAUAUAGAAAUGUUCCAACAACUAAUAUAAACGCUGCUCCAGCCCCAAAUAAUGCUCCUGCUGCUUUUAGUGAAGAUCUUGGGACUGGCCCAAACUUUUUGCUUGGCUCAUCGGAUACUAGUCGUUUUCAGAGUGCGAAUAAUCAUUUGAAUACUGAAUUAGAAUAUGAGAAUCGAUUCCAGCGAGCAGUUGUAGAUGGCGAUUUUGAAUUUCUUCGUAAUAUAACACUUGACGAGCUAAUAAAAAGGAAAGAAAGUUUGGAUUCGGAAAUGGAAGAAGAAAUUCGAGAACUCCAACGGAGAUACAAAACCAAACGUCAACCCAUAUUAGAUGUGAUCGAGCAAAAGAAACGUCAGACUUGA